AUGACGACCGAAGCGACGUCAGUGCCGGAGUUCGGUCAAUAUACAGCGGUUCCACCCUCAGUGUCCACCACAUCUUUCUCGGACGGGGCGACGACCAGCAGCAUCUCACUCACGUCCGAAGAAACCACGGCCCCUUCGUCGAUAGACGACUCAAGUUCCCCGACAAGAACAGAUUCUCCUGAAAACUCGACCUCCACAACAUCCUCUCAGUUCUCAUCGACACCAACGGUUUCCGCCGAAUACAACCAGAUUUUGAAUCCCGGAAUAGUCGCAAACAUUCAAUGGAAUACUUUCGCAACGUCCGACUUUGAUGUUCUUUGCCCAUCUCACGAUUGUGUCAAGGACUGUCAAAACUAUACGCGACUCUUCGAAGAAGUCCCCUACCUCAUUACCGAGAGUCUCGAGACCUACGGAAAGUCUGUGGAUGGUCAAGCCCCGAAUAUAACUUUAUUUGGAGUUUGCAGCAAUCUGGCGAACGUUUACGCCGGCAUCGCCUCCGAUACGGAGGCUGUAUCGAAGCAAUCCUACUUUCCACUUUCGAGUCAGGAGGAUGUGGGCCCAGUGUCCAUGACCCUUGCAAGCUGUCUCGCCAGCACUUGCGAUUAUUCACGAGAAUCUCAGAAUUGCAUUUCAGCAUGCAACUUGGACGUUCUUUAUUCUGGAGGUUCUGCUACCAAUCUGACGGCGGUGACGGGCUGUCUGAGUUUGAUAUGUGGGAAUACCUGCGGUCUCCCCUAUGCCAACCAGGAUGUAAUGGGUGUAGGGGUCCUUGUCUCUUACAUUAUACAAGCCAUCCUUGUGAUCGCUUGCGCCGUUGCAUUGAUCAGCUCCGCCAUCCUUUACACCAGACAACCUCGGGGAGAAGAAGAAGAAACCCAGAAAUUGUCCGACAACACACGGCGAGGACUCGAGGGAUUUCUGGCUGCUCAAUGUUAUUUCACAAUCGCUCUAGAAAUUGCGGCAUUGUGCUCGGCACCGUGGACUACUGAUCCUUUGACCGGCUACGCUCUGUUGUCUGUCGCGAUCACCGGAUUUCUAUGUCCUAUAUUCACCUUGAUGCUGCUCCACAGUCAUGGAUGCAGAUCUUGGUACGGUGGGUUCUUAGCAGUUUUGAGUUACGUCCUUGCUUCAAUUGUAUUCUGGGCCCUGUUUGAAAAUUUGUCUCCUCAUAUUGGUUCUACCACGAGCUCAGAUGAAACCCUCCACAAGUUGUACCAAAUAUCCAGCUGUGGGAAUUCGUCGGCAAUUGCUUUAUGCCCACAGACUAUUGGCAACGACCCUCUGGAAUAUCUCGCUGGUUUCUACAAUCAAGGAAACAUACCGAAUCUGCAGACGGCGCCUCUUCUCUGGGGUUGGAGUACACUGAUUUUGAUUGUGCUUUCGGUCAACCAAAUAGGCCAUAGUCUUGGGCUCAGACGAGAAGCCCCAUCAAGACCACAGAGUCCAAUCAAAUCGGCACGGACCUGGGUUAUCAGGGUUCUAAAUCAUCCGGUCACAUUGUUUUUGGCCUGCACACUAUUUGGACUAUGUCUUGGGUAUCAAGCACGAAUGCUUUUGAAAUAUUCCCGGUCGGACGUCAUCGACUGGGACGGCUGGAGCUUUGGACAAGUUGUGGCGGUUGUCAUUUGGAUACAACCAGUCGCGGACUAUCUCCGUCUGUGGCUUCGCGACCAUCUACGUCGAGACCAUCAGUCAAACAAAGGCAACCCAACGCCAAUGCCACAAUCAAGCACGAGGGGCAAGGGAGGAUACCCGGUAGUGUCGCAAGGUCAUGGGCCGGCCUUAGGGACACCAACCACGUCAGCAUUCACACCAAGUCUUCAACCGGGCCGUACACACUCUAGUCCGGGAAGUUCGGCGCUCAAUCCUGCGACUACGUUGCCGACUUAUCAGAUGGUGGCAAGACAGACAUACUAG